AUGGCGGCCGAGAGACUCGCCGACGACCUGCUCAUCGAGAUACUGUCGCGCAUUCCAUUAAGGUCAGUGUGCCACUUGAAGUGCGUCUCCAAGGACUGGCUCAGCCUGAUCGACCACCCCGAUCACCGCAGGAAGCUCCCUCAAACCCUAGCCGGCUUCUUCUACACUCGGAGCGACAAUGCGGAGUUGCCUAUGGAAACAGAAGUCCGCUUAACCAGUGUCUUGGGGAAAAACUGCCCUCCGAUAGACACCUUAUUCGCUUUCCUUCCCAGCCAUCGGCGCAUCGAUCUAUUGGACUGCUGCAAUGGCCUCCUCCUCUCUCGCUGGUACGACGUUUCGGCUCUUGGUGACGAGUUUUGUUACAUCGUGUGCAGUCCUGCCAUGAAGGAGUGGGUUUCGUUGCCCGAUCGCAGCCAUGAAAACAAGGUGGGCAUAGAGCGUCUGGGUUUCGAUCUGACCGUGUCUUCCCACUUCUAUGUGUUUGUGUUACUAGAGGAUGUCAACUUUAACGACUACCUUGCUGAAGUGGAAGUGAUAAAAAAGUCCCCUACAUAUUGUGUUGGGCUUACAUCGGCCUGA